AUGUCCAAGCUUUUCAUUGGCGGCCUUGCAUGGCACACCACCGAGGAGACUCUGCGCUCCAGGUUCGAGGAGUUCGGCGCCGUCGACGAAGCCGUCGUCGUCAAGGACCGUGAUACUGGCCGCAGCCGUGGUUUCGGCUUUGUCCGCUACUCUCAGGACGAGGAUGCCCAGAAGGCCAUUGACGCCAUGAACAACGUUGAGUUCGACGGGCGCACUAUCCGCGUUGACCGCGCUUCCGACAACGGUCCCCGCGGCGGCGGCGGCGGCUUCGGUCGUGGCGGCGGCGGCGGCGGCGGAUACGGUGGUCGUGGUGGUUACGGCGGUGGCGGCGGCUACGGCGGCCCUCCCCAGCACGGAUACGGCUCCAACCCCAACCCGUACCAGCAGGGCUACGGCGGCGGUCGCGGUUACGCUCCUCCUCAGCAGGGCUACGGUGCUCCUCCCCCCGGUCAGGACCCCUACGGUGCCCCCGGCGGCUACGGUGGUGGCUACCAGGGCCAGCAGCAGCCUCCCAACGGAGGCGGCUACUAA